UAUGGUCGAAAGUCUUGGCCUGUCCUCUGGAGGAAAAAAAAGGAGUUGACACUUGACAGCAAAAUCGAAGUUAAAUUUUCGGUUUUGGUUUUAUGGCAAAGGUAUUCCGCGUAUGCUCUUAAAAAUAAAUUAUAAUGGUGGUUCCAAGUCCGUUUGUGUAUUGGGCACAGACAGAAAGUUCUGUAUCAUUAAAAAUUGAUUUAAAAAAUGUUAUUAAACCUGAAGUGAAAGUUCUGGAAAACAAUGUAAAAUUCUCUGCUCAAGGCACCGGUGCGCGCGGAGACAGUCAAUAUGAAUUUAGCUUGGACUUAUUUUCUCCUAUAAAAACGACCAGCUCUGAUGGCGAGCAGGCUACAACAGUCCGCGUGUUUGACAACAGAGUGGAGCUGUUGUUACAAAAAGAGAAGCCAGCAUGGUGGCCCCGAGUUACGGCUCAACCACAGAAACCAGCCUGGCUAAAGAUAAACUUUGACUUGUGGAAAUCUGAAGAUGGACAAGACAGUGAUGACGAUAAACGUGACGUUAUGAGAGACUAUCCCGGGAUGUACGACCGGCUACAUAAAGAGGAGUUUGGGUACAGGAAAGAAGACUACAAGAAGGUGUACCUGAUUAUAUACAACCUGUUCCAAUUCGUGGGCUUUAUGUACGUGCUCGCGGUGAUGGGUGUGCGGUAUGCGAAACUGGAGUACGACUCGGUGGCGGACACGUACGAACACGUCGGACCCGCCAUGAAGUUCCUGCAGCUCAUGCAGUAUCUGGAAGUCAUGCAUCCGUUGUUCGGGUAUACUAAGGGGGGACCUUUGAUGCCUUUCUUGCAAAUAUCCGGCCGAGCGUUCGUGUUGUUUGCGAUGAUCGAAGCUGAACCCAGGAUGCAGACGAAACCGGUCGUGUUUUACUUGUUCAUUGUAUGGGCCACUAUUGAGAUUGUGAGGUAUCCAUUCUACAUAGCACAGCUGUACAAGAAAGAAAUCUAUAUAUUGACGUGGCUGCGGUACACUUUGUGGAUACCGUUAUACCCCAUCGGAGUUGUGUGUGAGGCAAUUGUUAUAUUAAGAAACAUACCAUACUUCGAAGAGACGCAGAGACUAACGGUGUCUCUGCCGAACACUUGGAACUUUGCUUUCCACAUGCCGACAUUCAUGAGAGUAUAUCUACUGUUACUUACCUUCCCAGGCAUGUACACAGUAAUGUCACACAUGUACAAACUGAGAACUGUAAAGUUGAGACCAAAGAUUGUGAUUAAGAAGUCUAAAUAAUUAUAUUACCUGAGCGGUGAACGGUUUGAGUGAUUGGGCUUCUUUGUAGAUAGAGAAUGGACUGGACAACACCUUUACAGGAUUUGCAAAUAGUAACUGCAGUCAAUAACCUGUUUUCUGCAGGACUGUAGUACACUACAGUUUGUGGUCUACAGACCAUAGACAUGGUUUCAAACUCUUUUGUUGAAUUGACCGAAAUCUACCUAAUGUAUCUAUUCUAAUAUUUUUUUUUCUCAAAAUGUUUCUUUUAAAAACUAAGAACUCUUACUUUUCACUUUUCUGUCUAUCUUGAAUUGAUAGCUGGUAUCCUCAGUCCAUUUUCUAUGUUUGUGGGCUUUUUGUUUAUUUAUUGUGACAUAACAAUGGCAGAGUAGGGCAUUUGUACCAAUAUGGUAAAAUACAAUAAGUUAAGAUGUAUGCUCUCACGUAUUUAAGAAUUUUAUCAGAUAUAUUAUUGAAAUUAUGAAAUACUUAUAUUAAAAAUAGACACGCUUUUUAGAUAGCCCAUCGUUUCCAUAAGCAGGCAGGUAUUAGUGAUGAAUUACUGAAAUCAAUUUAGGCUCUUAAAAUAGCAAAUUUGACAGUUGAAAUAGACUCCCCAGUAGAAGCAGGCUUAGUAAUUUUCAAUACAAAUUUGUCCCGUAUCUGGAUAUAAAUAAUUUUAAAUGAAGGUGCUAACUGAAUUGAGUUGGUAGGUUAAUUAAUAUGUCAAUAAGGACAGUAUUAUAAGAUUCAACUUAAUUUUGCCCUAAUGUGCAAUAUCACCUGAGAUGCUGUCAAGGCAAAAUCAGCAUCUUAAGAUAAUCACUAUAAACACCCAUCAACAGCAGCUCAAAUUAUAUAAAUAGUGAGUUUCGUUUCUCAAACAGCUCACGUUCAACUGACAACAGGCACCCAAAAGAGAGCUCAAGUUCAUUAAAUAGUUCAAUAGCCUAAAUGUCUACUUAAGAUGCUACUCAAAUGUGAGAUUGAUUUUUUAAUACAGUCCUAAAUGUUGUACACUAUGUUGGUAUUUUUUUUAAAUGCUUCAACAUUUUUUAAUAAAUGAAAGUACUUCUUUACUAAAAUGUAAAAAUAAUUUAAAAAUUAAUAAAAGCUUUUAAAUCCAACCACUACAUAUUGCUCUCAAUAAAUUUUCUAAAUCAUAUACAAAAAUCUGAAAUAAAUAAAAUAAUAUAUUAAUUUAUUUUUUGUGUAUAAGUUUCUUAACACUGGUAGAAUAAUUUAAAAAUGUUGGCUGUGCAUUCCAAUUGUACACGAAACUUUUUGUGAAUUUCCCGAGUAAAUUGUCUAGGAUCUGAUGAAACUAUCCAGACCUUGCCCAGCAAUGUAUUACUCAAUUGAGUAUGAAUAUUCAUUUGCAUUUAUUCAUUCUGUCACAAAUUGGAUGUGUGUUCAAGGUUUUUAUUGUAUGGAAAUUAUGUUUGUAUUUUUUAUAUGGCCAAUGGUGAAAGUAAAUAAAUGUUUUGUUUAUAA